GGUACUCUUGGCCAGAUCAUGAAAUCUCUUAAUCACACACACAUGGACCCUUCUAUUUUCUUCCUCUUGGGUAUUCCAGGUCUAGAAAAAUUUCAUCUGUGGCUCUCACUUCCUGUGUGCUGCCUGGGCACAGCCACAGUUGUGGGCAACAUAACCAUCCUGGUUGUUGUGGCCACUGAGCCAGCCCUGCACAAGCCUGUGUACCUUUUCCUGUGCAUGUUGUCAACCAUCGACUUGGCUGCCUCUGUCUCCACAGUUCCCAAGCUACUGGGCAUUCUCUGGUGUGGAGCUGGACAUAUAUCUGCCUCUGCUUGCCUAGCACAGAUGUUCUUCAUUCAUGCCUUCUGCAUGAUGGAGUCCACUGUGCUGCUGGCCAUGGCCUUUGAUCGCUAUGUGGCCAUCUGCCAUCCACUCCGCUAUGCUACUAUCCUCACUGACACCAUUAUUGCUCGCAUUGGAGUGGUAGCUAUGGUGCGAGGCUCCCUGCUUAUGCUCCCAUGUCCCUUCCUUAUUGGGCGUUUGAGCUUCUGCCAGAGCCACGUGAUCCUGCACACAUACUGUGAGCACAUGGCGGUUGUGAAGCUGGCCUGUGGAGACACCAGGCCUAAUCGUGUGUACGGGCUCACAGCUGCACUGUUGGUCAUCGGGGUGGAUUUGUUCUGCAUUAGUCUCUCCUAUGUCCUCAUUGUACAAGCUGUCUUUCGUCUCUCAUCCCAUGAAGCUCGUUCCAAGGCCCUAGGGACCUGUGGUUCCCAUGUCUGUGUUAUCCUCAUCUCUUACACACCAGCUCUCUUUUCCUUUUUUACACAUCGCUUUGGCCACCACGUUCCACUCCAUAUUCACAUUCUUUUGGCCAAUGUUUAUCUGCUCUUCCCACCUGCUCUUAACCCUGUAGUAUAUGGGGUUAAGACCAAGGAGAUUCGUGAAAGGGUUGUCAGAGUGUUUCAAAGAGGACAGGGAAUUGGAAUCAAGGCAUCUGAGUGA